UUGUUUUCGUGGAUCCUUCUAGUUCUUGUUCCCAAUACAAAACAAAACCAUUAGCAAUGACUUUUACCUCAGGGAACGAGAUUGUAAUUCAGGAACGGGCAGGACCCACAAUACAUCUGCCCACAGAAAUCCCCGAGGAGAUCCACGAAAAGCACAAUCCAUUUCCGCUGGGUAAUAUCAAGAUGUCGAGCUCGAAGCUACCAACGGUUGAUAAAGAAGACCAAAAGAGCAUCAGUUCGGUCGAUGAACCAAGGCGACCCAAUAAUCCCCACCAGAAAGACGGGAACUCGAUCAUCCAAUACAUCGCCAAUGGAGGUCUGAAAGAACUGCCCAACAUAAUCUCUCAACGGUUUCAAGAGAUGUUUGAUGGAGUCCCCGGCUCGCGAAACAUCCAGAAAUUCGCCUCCACAUGGGGCUUGUAUCUCCUCACCUUCUACAUCUUCAUGCGGGAUCAACCUUUCUUCCUAUGGAGUAAACAACGCCAAAAGCUCUGGAGCUUCUUCCUCAAAUCAAGAUACAGAAGAACUAGAAUCGGUUCUCUGAAGCUUACCCACUGA